UCGACUAGUUGUCUGCAGGCAAAGAUGGCGGUGCGGAAGAAAGACGGCGGCCCGAAUGUAAAAUAUUUCGAAGCGUCUGACACCGUUUCUCAGUUUGAUAAUGUCCGCGUCUGGCUGGGAAAGAAUUACAAAAAGUACAUCCAGGCUGAGCCCCCCACCAACAAGUCUCUGUCCAGCCUUGUGGUCCAGCUGCUCCAGUUCCAGGAGGAGGUUUUUGGUCGACAUGUCAGCAACCCUCCGCUCACCAAACUCCCAAUGAAGUGUUUCCUGGACUUCAAGUCUGGGGGGGCUCUGUGCCACAUUCUAGCUGCCGCCUACAAGUUCAAGAGUGACCAAGGAUGGCGCAGGUUUGACUUCCAGAAUCCAUCGAGGAUGGACAGAAAUGUGGAGAUGUUCAUGACAAUUGAGAAGUCCUUAGUGCAGAACAACUGCCUGACAAGACCUGUCAUCUACCUGAGUGCUGACAUAGAACCAAAACUGCUUGGGAAACUCAAAGACAUCAUAAAACGACAUCAGGGCUCAGUGACUGAGGACAAGGCCUCCAGCUCCCAUGUUGUUGUACCGAUCCCUACCAGUCUGGAGGAAGAGGAGUGGGUGCGUCCGGUGAUGAAGAGAGACAAACAAGUGCUGCUCCACUGGGGAUAUUUCCCUGACAGUUAUGACACCUGGAUUCCAGCUAAUGAGAUUGAGGCUGCUGUAGAGGAUCCUCCCACCCCAGAGAAACCCCGAAAGGUCCAUGCCAAGUGGAUUUUAGACCUGGAUCAAUAUAAUGAGUGGAUGAAUGAGGAGGACUAUGAAGUGGGAGACGGCUGCCCCAAGAGAAAGAGGAUUUCAGCCAAGACCCUGACAGACGAGGUGACCACGCCUGAUGAGCGAAAAGACAAAAAGCCCGGAAGUGCCAAGAAGAGAAAACGCUCCCCCUCGCCGUCCCCCACCCCUCCACCUCAGGAGAGCAAGAAGAAGAACACCAAGAAAGGACCAGCGACCCCAUACACUAAGUCCAAACGGGGCCAGAGGGAGGAAGAACAGGAGGAUCUCAGUAAAGACUUGGAUGAAGCAUCACCUGUACCAGCAGCUGAAGAGGGAAACACGACCAAGACAAAUAAUACCAAGAAGGACACAGAUUCAACUCCAGUGAAGGGAGGGACAGAUAUGGAUGAACAGGAAGAUGAGUCCAUGGAAACUACAGGCAAGGAAGAAGAGGAAGGAUCUCUGAGUGUGAAGGGUGAACCAGUAAAAGGCUCAGACCUACACGAGGAUAAUGUGACUGAGCAAACUCAUCACAUCAUUAUCCCGAGCUACGCCGCCUGGUUUGACUACAACAGCGUUCACGCCAUUGAGCGCAGAGCCCUGCCAGAGUUUUUUAAUGGGAAGAACAAAUCCAAAACCCCUGAGAUUUACUUGGCAUACAGGAACUUUAUGAUCGACACCUACCGACUCAACCCUCAGGAGUACCUGACCUCCACCGCCUGCCGCAGAAACCUGGCAGGAGAUGUGUGUGCCAUCAUGAGGGUCCAUGCCUUCCUGGAACAGUGGGGUCUGAUCAACUACCAGGUGGACUCUGAGAGCCGGCCCACACCCAUGGGCCCUCCGCCCACCUCUCACUUCCAUGUCCUGGCAGACACUCCAUCCAGCCUAGUGCCCCUGCAGCCUAAAACAUCUCAGACCCCCGCUACCCAGCCGAUGAUGUCAUUCCCAGAUAAAGUAAAGGAUAAACCAACAGAUCUACAAAACUUUGGGCUGCGCACAGACAUGUACAGCAAGAAGACUGGUUCUGCAAAGAGCAAGAGUGCAGCGAGCUCAAUGAGGGAGUGGACAGAGCAGGAAACACUACUAUUACUUGAGGGCUUGGAGAUGUACAAAGAUGACUGGAACAAGGUGUCGGAGCACGUUGGCAGUCGUACACAGGAUGAGUGCAUCCUGCACUUCCUACGGCUGCCCAUCGAAGACCCCUAUUUGGAGGACAGCGCGCCGUCCAUGGGACCACUAGCCUAUCAGCCAGUACCUUUCAGCCAAGCAGGAAACCCUGUCAUGAGCACGGUGGCCUUCCUGGCCUCUGUAGUCGACCCCCGCGUGGCCUCAGCUGCAGCCAAGUCUGCUCUGGAGGAGUUCUCACGUAUGAAGGAGGAGGUUCCUGCAGCCCUUGUUGAGGCUCACGUGCGGCGGGUGGAGGAGGCAGCGAGAGUUAGCGGCCGCCAGGACCCUCUCUACGGCUUGGAGGGCAGCGGCAUCGCAGGCACUGGCCUGGAGGAAGGAGAUAGACCCGACGAAAGCAGUGAUGAAAGUAAGAGUGACAGCCAGUCAGGUGAAGAGAAGAGAGAUUCCAAGGAAAGCAAAGAUGGAACAAUGGAGGAAGAGGAGAAGCAGACAGAGAAUGGAAAGAAAGAAGAAGAGAAAGGACGAGAACCUGAAGGAGAUAGAGAGGCAGACAAACCAGAGUCAGAGAUGGGUGAUGCUGAGAAGGAGAAGGAGGGGAAAGAAGGAACUGAGGAAGGACAGAGAGAUGGAGAAAGCGAGGGAGAAAGGAAAGCCAAGGUGGAGCGUGACGUUGGAGAAGGAAAUCUGGCCACGGCGGCUGCAUCUGCUCUCGCCGCUGCUGCCGUCAAAGCCAAGCACUUGGCUGCAGUGGAAGAGAGGAAGAUUAAGUCCCUAGUGGCUCUAUUGGUGGAGACGCAGAUGAAAAAGCUGGAAAUCAAACUGCGACACUUUGAAGAACUGGAAACUAUCAUGGACAGAGAGAGGGAGGCUCUGGAGUACCAGCGGCAGCAGCUGCUGGCCGACCGCCAGUCGUUCCACAUGGAGCAGCUCAAAUACGCCGAGAUGAGGGCCCGCCAGCAGCACUUCCAGCACAUCCAGCACCAGCAGCACAGCCAGGCCGUGGGCCCCCACUCCAGCCAACCCGCCUCGGCGGCGCCGCCCCAGGGCCUGGCCUCGGGUCAGCAGGCCCCCAGCACACCAGCACCGCAGCCUGCCCCCAGCCCCGCGCCGCCGGCCUCGGCCACCCCAGAGUCCCAGCCGCCUCAGGGCACUCACACCUCGCCCCCUUGCCCCACAGGCCAGAACCCGGCCGCCCACUCCAGCUCCAGCACUACAUCUGUCCUCCAUGAGCCCAGCGCUCCUCUCCCUGGGGAAACGCUCCACUCCUCAGCUCCAGUCCCUCCUCCACAGUGAGAGAUUAAUACUCACCUGAGAUCUUCAGUGACUCUGACCACUUUGAAUCCUGCCUGUGUCAUCUGAAAAAUGAAGACGUCAUAAACCGAAGGAAGAUUUUGUUUUUGUUUGUUUGCUUUUCCAAGAGAACAAUUGACUGAGCAAGAAAAAUGCUAACGAUUAACAAUCGAAGCACCUCCACUUUGACUGUUGAAAAAAAAUCUGUUUUUGAUUGAAUUGGCUGAUGAAGGAAAAAAAAAUUCAGCCAGAAGCUGUUCAUCCUGUUUUGUCACAUGGACUAGUGCGGUUACACAAAGGAGUAGAAGAAAAAAAAGACUCAUCUCAUGAUUUUAGUGUUUUGGAAGUUGUUGCAUUUAUUUUCUUGGAACGGUUUUAUCAGAACCGGUCAGAGUUUCCCUUCUUGUAUUGUUCGGUACUAACUACAAUAUGUAAGAAAAAAAUGCACUUUUAAAAUGUUACCCUAGGUCUCAUUGAAUGACUUGAAGCAUCCAUAAAAUUGGACUUUUAGCACUUAGAGUGUCAUAUUGUUGUGGUGAAUGCCUUUUCAUACUGUAGGUUUUAGAAACUUGAUUAGGAAUAUUACUUUUACCUCUCUAUUUUUUAACUGCAUUACAUCAACACUCUACAGGGUCUGGCCUGAAGGUCACAUAUCGAAAAAAAGUCUGUAACAAAUGAAAAACGUUUUAAUCAGAAGCCAGUUUGAAAUUACGUCAGGUGCAAUUUGAGAAAAUGUGCUGUAAACUGGAUUUUCCUGUUACAAUCACACUUUCCGUCCUGAAACGAUACUGACCGUGCAAGAUCAUGGAAGGAUCCUUUUCCACACUUUUUAUUAUGGUGUCAAUUAGCAGCUACAUAUUUUUGCGAAUCUGGUUGGACUUGAAGCAUCCAGGUCGUAGUUCGAUGAGGAAUGUAGUUUUGUUCAGAAGAACCGAGACUGGGAAUUACAACAGUAUCAGUGACCGCGUGUGUUUCGUCAUGAGUUGACAUGUUGUUCUUUGCUAAACCAAAAUGUUUUUUAUAAUCAUGUUUAUCUCACAUUUGUUCAGUGAGUGUUGUUGGGAAAUGAAGACAAACUUUUAGCAGCUUGGUGCAUUUGAAGUUGCAGACGGGGGAAACGUAAACGCUGUCCAAGACAACGAGGGAGCUGGCACCUUAAACUGCUCACAAUGGAGAAUUGUGUCCUUAAUAUCUGCAACAAUAUCCUCACUUUUUAUCCUAUCGAUUUUUAUAUUUUUUACUCUCCAUUUUCCAUCUUCUUUCUUUGAUAUGCCAACAUUGUAACUGUAUAUUAUUGCCUUUGUAGCCUGUAUUACUCCUUCAUUGUUGUGUGUGGUUCAGGUUUGUCUGGGAUGUGACUGUGAGCGCGUGUAUGUGGACGCAUGCCGUUUAGAUUUCUAAACCAUAUUACCGUUCAGUUUUAUUUUCAAGUGUCAUCGAGUUUGAAGGAUUAAAAAAAAAACAUGCUUCAUUACGUACAUGGCAUGUCAUGUCAGUGUCAUGAAAUAUAGUCUAGUCAGAUGGUUAAACUUUACAGUUAAUGUCCGUCAAGCCAGUAUUGCAGUCCUCACCCCAGAUGUGAGCAUAAAUGGACUUCUUUUAUCUGUGUUAUUACUACAUUGUGUGGCUUUUGUGAUAUGAAAUAAGUGUCUGUUUAGUUUCUGUAUGUUUUUCACUAUGCUGGCAGUAGCGGCAAUUACAUUGAUUAUUAUACAGUAGAAAUCCAUUUUUUCCUCAAAAAAAAUUAUCACAUUAGUGCUGACAGUUACUCUGGCCAUUUGUAUUGAAAAAAAGGCUAAACUAAAAAGGGUUUAAAAAUAAAGAUGUGAAGGAGCGA